AUGAAGCAACCAACCACGCACUUGCUCACCCUCUUCCUUCUGCCCUUCGCCCUCGCCCUUCCCACACCAGAAGACUCAGUCAAUCAAGUGGAGCAAGGGACCAACACGCCGGCGACAGUGGGCAACGUCAACGCCGGUAUCCCCCGAUGCAAGACACAGGGCCUCAGCGACUUUUGCCUGUCAAACAGCAAUAAGCCAUACUGCGACGCCACCGGGUUUCACAACAACAUGAUGGCCCAGUGCGAGAAGAACUGCUGGUGCGAAUAG